UUCCAAACUCCUCCGCAACUCCGUAGAAGAAGAAUUAUUUCCGGGGGUCAAUUCCUUUCCAAACAUGGAUUCCAACAACAGCGAAGGCAAGAUGAACAAUGACGGCGACAUCACAUCUGUCAUGGGAUUCUCUGGCUUUGGAAAGAAAGCCCGCACCUUCGACCUGGAUGCCAUUUUCGAACAGACCCGACGGACGGCCAUCGAGAGGAGUCGCCAAGUUUUAGAUGACAGGCAAAGGGAAAUGGAGGAGGAAGCGGAACGCUCGGCAUCGAUCCCCGCGCCAAAAGAAACGAGCAAGGCGACCGGGAAGGACAUCAGCAGUCCGGAUUCUGAACCCGUCGGCCCUCCGGCACCUCCAAAAGACUCAAGCCAGGAAAAGAAUGAUGAUGAUGAUGACGAUGAUCUUGUCGGACCCCCUCUUCCUCCUGGUUACGAAGGCGACGCCGCCACUCAAAGUGACAGCGACGACGAUGAUGAAGACGAGGAGCAAAAUGACGACGACGAUGAUGAUAACCCCGUCAAGAAGAUUCCGGACACUCACGAGAUCACCCUUCAGCACGGCACCAAGUCGGUUUCCGCCAUGGCCUUGGACCCGUCGGGCGCCCGCCUGGUGACGGGCGGCUACGACUUCGACGUGCGCUUCUGGGAUUUCGCCGGCAUGGACCGAGCUCUGCAGGCCUUCCGCUCCCUACAGCCGUGCGACUGCCACCAGAUCCGAGCGUUGCAGUUCAGCAUCACCGGGGACCGGAUCCUGGUGGUGUCGGGAAACGCGCAGGCCAAAGUCUUGGACCGCGACGGCUUCAACGUGAUGGAGUGCAUUAAAGGAGACCAGUACAUCGUCGAUAUGGUCAACACCAAGGGUCACACGGCGAUGCUGAACGACGGCUGCUGGCAUCCCAAACUAAAAGAGGAGUUCAUGACGUGCUCCAACGACGGAACGGUGCGAACGUGGGACGUGACGUCGGAAAAGAAGCACAAGUCGGUGUUCAAGCCCCGCUCUUUCCAAGGAAAGAAGGUCACCCCCACGUGCUGCACCUACAGCCGCGACGGGAAGCUCGUCGCGGCCGGCUGUCAGGACGGAACCAUCCAGAUCUGGGACAGAAACCUCAGUGUGCACACCAAGUUCCACUGUCGGCAGGCCCACGCUGCAGGAUCCGACAUCUCCCGCAUUUCCUUUUCAUACGACGGCACAAUUCUUGCUUCACGUGGAGGUGAUGACACACUGAAGUUAUGGGAUAUCCGCAACUUCAAGAAGCCCCUGAACAUGGCCGACGGCCUGACUAACUACUUCGCCAUGACCGACUGCUGCUUCAGCCCAGACGACCGGCUCGUCGUGACCGGGACCUCCGUGAAAAAAGACCAGGGCAACGGGAAGCUGGUCUUCUUCGAGCGCUCCACCUUCCAGCGGGUGUACGAGAUCGACGUCACCAACGCGAGUGUGGUGCGCUGCCUGUGGCACCCCAAGCUAAACCAGAUCAUGGCGGGGACCGGGAACGGCCUGGCCAAGGUCUACUACGACCCCGUCAAAAGCCACAGGGGGGCGAAGCUGUGCGUGGUGAAGAGCAAAAUCAAAGCCAAGCACGCCGAGGCGUUAACCCAGGAGUACGUCAUCACGCCUCACGCCUUGCCCAUGUUCAGAGAGGCCCGGCAGAGGAGCACCCGCAAGCAGCUGGAGAAGGACCGACUGGACCCAAAAAAGUCCCACAAACCCGAGCCUCCCGUGUCCGGACCGGGUCGAGGCGGCAGAGUGGCGGCGCACGGCGGCACCCUGUCGUCGUUCAUCGUGAAGAACAUCGCCCUGGACAAGACGGACGACAGCAACGCUCGGGAGGCCAUCUUGCGCCACGCCAAGGAAGCGUCGGAGAACCCCUACUGGGUGGCCCCGGCCUACAAGAAGACGCAGCCCAAUCCCGUGUUUGCCGAGGACUCGGAGGAGGACGAGGAGGCCGACAAGGAACCGGAGUGGAAGAAGCGGAAGAUCUGAAGCCGCAGACCUUAGAACUGCUUCGGACAUGCGGACUCUUAGCGGACUCAAGGUUGCUUGCACCUGUUCAUCCCUCAAACACUUUUUUUUUUUGUGCAGACGUGAUCGUAAUGUAAGGAAGAUGCAAGUUUAUGGUCCCUAAAACCAAACUCUCAUGUAUGUCAUUUUUGCCACCAUUCACCAUUUUUUAGACACGCGUCAAAUAAUAAAAAAAACUUAAAGUGGAGUCUUGUGAUUCCACCGCAUGAACGUCUCGUUAAAGGCGGCAUCACAAAAUCAUUUACAAGCUAUUUUUUCCUCGUGUAUUAAAAUGCGCACCACAAACUUGCACUUCAUCGUUUGGUUUCGUUCUUGGGUUGUUAAGAACAUUUUUGAACCGACGCGCACUCCUCUCCGGGACACAGAACCCUGACAGGUGUGAUCGCUGGACAUACCGGACAUAUUAUCCGUUGUUUGAACGGGUGAACGCGGCACGCAUCAAACAUCUGGAAAUUGCACCCAAGGAUGAAACACUUGUGCAAGUCCGCAUUUAUCUUUCUGAUUUAUUACGACUUUCCCAAGGGAGGAACAAGCAUCUAUCGGAGGUAAGGCAUUUUUUUUUUUGAAUGACUGUCUCUUUCCAGAGUAAUCCGCGCAGAAAAUACAAAAAUAAAAUACAAAGUGGAGUUUGGUUUAUUUCUAAAUAUUAUUAAAAAUACCAAAUAGCUUUUGAACACCCCUUAAAAUAAGUUUGAAGUUUUUUUGUAAUUAAAAAAAAAAAUUCAUAACAGACUUUUUAAAUAUCUGCUUGUGCUCUGAAGUUGUGUCCCUGAAGAUGGACGGAACCCUUACGAAAGGAAAGAAAAGUGAGCUACUAUGUUCAAAAUGUGUACAUGUAUAGAAAUAUAUGCCAGAGAAUGCCUAUUUAUUGUUUUGUUUUGUUUUGUUUUUCCUGAGAGGUGUGAUCACUGGACAUACUGGACAUAUUAUACAUGCAUAUAAUUGUUUGAAUGUGACACCUUCUGGCAUCUGGAAAUUGCACCCAAGGAUGAAACGCACUACCGCAAGUCCCCAUUUAGCUUUCGGAUGACUUGAUUGAUUUAUUGUGACAUCCACCGAAUUGAUUUGGAUAUGUAUAUUUUUCAUUUUUUUUCUUUUUGUGCCACAAUGGAGAACACAACCGCGUUACUUUUCAAAGUUUUAUUUU